AUGGCAGACCGACGUAAAGGUGGAAGAAAAAAAUCCAGCGAUCCGAAUCAAAAGCUGACAAAAGAUGAAGAUAGUAUUGCUCGCUACGUUCGAUUCAAUUGUCCAACAAAGACAACAAUGUUUGAAGGCAAUGAAGUACAUUACUUUACCGGUGUGAAGGCUGUUGACACAUUAUAUGAAUCCAAGAAAUACGGUCAUGCAGCGAAAAAUAUGAGAUUCGCUACACGGCAGGCAGCUGCUAUGUUCAUGCGCUCACUCCUGGAAAAAGGUCUAUUUUUUCGGGCAAGGAAGUUGGUUCCAAAAAAGAAGGACGAUAGGAAGGAUCAGAAAGAAAAAAUUGAUAUAAACAAAUCACCGAAAAAGAAACCAGGUAAGAGCGACCAAACUGAAAAGGAAAAGGAAAAAGAGAAAAAUAAAGAAGAAAGGAAAGAGGAAAGUGAUGACAACGAUGAAGAGAAUGGGAAAGAAAAGAACAAAAAAAAGGAAGAGGAAGAAAAGAAAAAACGUAAGAUCAAAUUAGAACUACAUCAGGAGCAAUCAUUUAAUGAUGCAAACGAUGUGUAUGUUUGGAUCUUUGAUCCAACACCCCUAUUCAAGAAGGUUAUCGGUGCUCUUAUGGUGCUGGGUACUAUCGCGGGUUGUUUAUUCCCUCUUUGGCCGAUGUGGCUACGUCAAGGAGUUUAUUAUUUAUCAAUCUGUGGAUUAGCUUGCUUUGGACUGCUUAUUGGUGUUGCAGUAGCGCGAACAAUAUUAUUUGCCAUAAUCUGGGCAGUUACUAUGGGCAAACAUAAAUUAUGGUUGUUGCCUAAUUUAACGGAAGAUUGUGGCUUUUUUGAAUCAUUCCAACCUUGGUAUACUUAUGAAUAUUGUUCUACUGGUAUCGCCGCAAGUAGCAAGAAGAAAAAAAAUGAUGGAAAGAAGAAAUCCGAUGAUGAUGAACCGUUAACGAGUAAGAAAGAAAUGAAGAGUGAUGAUAAUGGAAGUCAAAAAGUUGAAGCAAAUAAGAAAGUCGAGGACGAAAAGCAAUCCCGAAGAAAAGAAAGUGGAGAUGAAAAUGUCGCUUUUUCCAAUGGAAAUGAAAAUGAUGGAACAGAUGAAGAAGGGGAUAGUACUUCGGAUUCGGAUGAUAGAAGCAGUCAGAGAACGACUGAUUCGCUGAACAAUGGCGGUGAUACUGGAAGUUGUGGUGACGGUAAUGAUGACCGUAAGAUACGAUUAAGAGGACAUGCUAGGAAACCAGAUGAUGAUUUCGUACUUAUUGAUAAAUGA